UAAAAGCUUGUCGUGGCACAUUCGACAGCAUAGUUACCGAGGUACUGGAUCAACAUAGAUCAUCUUCUCGUACAUCCUGCUGUCGUCUCUUGGAAAUCUUCAGUGAGAAGAAAGACGAAAAGAUACGAAAUGGCUGCUUCCUAUGCUACGACGAUCAUUCUCGUUCUAUCGUUCUUAACAACGAACGUGUUGGCUCAGACCUUUCAAUAUAGCCACGGAUGGACGAACGGUAAACGCACGCUCACGGAUGUUAAUUCGCGAUUCUCAUAUCUACCGGCAUCGUCCUGGAUGAAAAAUGUUUUCGACUUGCAAUUCGACAAUCUUCAAUCACCGCCACCUUCAUUGUCGCCAUCUCUAUUGCCAACUGGGACUGCAACGACGACGAUGACGACGACGACACAUUGCGACAUACAAAGAAUGAGAUUAUUCUUUCAGGGAAAUAAUAACGAAGCUCUUUAUCUGGUACCUUGCGAGACAAGCGCAUCAAGAAAAAAUCUCCGUGAACAUCAACGCGUCGUCCAGCUACGAACAGGAUCAACAUUAGAGGAUAAUAAUAAUUGAUCAAAUGUAAAUAAAUAAAAAUGUCAGGAGUGUCGUCAAGGAAUAAUCAUUGUCAAAAUGACACACACA